UUUCCUAGCUAUUUUACAGUAGUAGUGACUGCCCAAGAGUUAGGUAUGCACCGACUCUUUUUGGCUCCCUUCAAGUUUCCGUUACAUCACGAUAUUCACUAUUUGGUACAAACGCUAUUCCGUUGGUAG